CUUUUAAAACAAGAUGGCAUACAAGGACAAUAUUACCCCCAGAGCAUCAAAAACAUUGUAAACUUGCAGGAUAAAGUAAGCAUCAGUUCAAGAAAUCAUCACAUGGAUAUGAUGGAUGUGUUGACACUAUGACUGAAGGUUACUCAACAAGGGAAGCACUGUCAGUUCUGUAUGAGGAGCUUGCUGCAGAGGUGGACAAGUAUGAGGAUGAGACUAACCGCAAGAAGUGGAGGAGUUAUUUGUCUCUGUUCCAUCAUGCCCACAUCAAGUCUGCCUUCCACUGGACAAGCCUGGUGCUCCUUGUGGGCCUCUGCAUUGCCCUCUUCAUUGCAUUCAUUAUUUCCAAUGACAAUGAUGAAGAUGUAAGUGGACAUGGAUGGUGGAUGGCUGAAGUAGUAGUCAUCCUGCUGACGGUGGGCACAAACAUCUGUUUCAACAUCUGGAAUGGCAAACAGGCACAUGAGGAACUCAUUUAUGUCACCCGGCUGUCCCUCAGAAAACUAGAAGAGUGUAUCGACAACAACACCUGGAACAGCAGUAAUUACCCAACCCUGCAUGCCCCCAUUUCUCCCUGUGUCUCCCUCCAGUGGACUCUCCGUGACAAAGAGGUUAUCAAUCUACCCACCACCCUGCUGGUCCAGGGCGACAUCAUACUCCUCAGGCCAGGCCAGGAGGCUCCAGCAGAAUGUCGCGAGGUUGAGGAGUCCAAUGAGGGACAAGACACCAUUCUGAAGAAGGGAGAUGUGUACUCGCCCCGAGGAGAGGAAUUCACAGAAGAGAUAAAGGGUGCUCAUGGCAAAUCCCCCCUUACUUCAAAACAAUUCAUAUUAUUGGAGACUCCUUUCAUCAAACACAUCAGGCUUAUUUUGGAGGACAGUGUAAAGAGACCAGUCAGCAACACAGAAAAGGUUCGCUAUAUCAUCUGCUCAAAGUGGCUUGAGCACAGAAUUCUGCCUGUUGUCUUGAUUUUGGUGUUGAUCACCAAUGUUUUGCGCUUGGUAUAUCUGAAAGGCCACUCUGGACACUGGGCAGAAAUGAUCCUCGUCUUACCUAGUCACACACUGCUCCCGUUACUUCCGCUGCUGUUCCCUCUUGCCUGGCGUCUCCUCAACUUCUAUGGCCAGGCUCGAGUCUUCACUGUAUUCAGUGUGGCCAAGAGUACAAAGGUUACCUGUGAGGACAGUUUCAGCACCAACAGUACAAUAUCAGUGGACGAGGCAAGAGUAGAUAUGGACUGGACAUUGGUCAGAGACUGGUUUUGGCUUGUGUUGUCAGGUCGAGCCCCUGCCCCCACACGACGUGUCAACAUCUCGCACAUUCUCGGUUCUGUCACAUCCCUAUGCUGUGUUGACAAGAAGGGUCUAUUGUCUUGGCCCAAUCCCAGUGCCGAGAAAGUAUUUUUUCUGUCUUCACAUGACAAAGUCAACCCAACUAUUGACAUUUCAUCCAAAGACAAUGACAAGAAAAAGGAAGGACAUGACACCAAGCCUGCUCUUGUCAAAGCAUAUGAAUCUCCAAGCCACGUAGAAGUACUGGAUCUGACUCAUGACAGCAAGAAUGUGUUUGGAUUACGGUUUGAUGAUCCAUCAUGGAAGAACCACAUGAGCUCCCUGAAGCCCCUGGGCCUAAACAUUCUCCUGAACACCUGUAAUGCUAAGACUGUGGAGUGGUACACCCAGUUCACUGACCAUGUGGCAUCGGAGGCACUGGAGAAUGAGGAGACGGUGGCUGUGGUUAACAGGCGAUGUCUCUGUGAAUUGGCCAGACAAAUCGGUUUCUCUGAAAAGGCUAUGGAUAUAUUCACUAUGGAGCGUAUUCUUGGCAUGUACAAACACGUGCACCCUGAUGAGUCGGCCAAGGAGAGACUCCAUCGGGCCAAGUCUUUUAUACAACACAAGAUCCCAAUGCCCAACCUGGUGUCUGUUGUGGUCAGGGAGAAAACCUCAGGUCUAGGCCAGGUAUUAUCUCAGGGCACAGCUGACCUUCUGCUGGGAUGCUGUAGUGACUACUGGGAUGGCGAGGAUGUCAGUGUCCUCGCAGAGAAUGACAGGAAGAAGAUCCUGGACUUUUACCACCGGGCUAGCAUGGCCUCCUACUGUACAGCUUUCUCAUACCGUCCACUCACCCAACACAUCUCCCCUCACUUAGAUAACCUGUAUAUUCAGCUGUCACAUGGAGGAGAGCUCAUGUUCAACUCAUGUAUUGAGACACAAAGGGACUCCCAUUUGGAUUCCAAUAUAGACCUGUUGCAUGAAACGCGCCUGCUAAGUGACAGUUCACGAACUUUUAGUGUGGAUUCCCUGUUUGACACCACCAGCAUCUCCUCCAUUGAAGAUAUCCCUGGCUGCUGUCAGGCUCAAAACAACCAGAUAUUUAUUGGAAUGAUAUCCAUGCAGUACCAGGCUCGACAGGAAGUGGUGCAGUUAAUAGAAAAGUUAGAAGUGGCCUGCAUCAGAUUUGUUCACUUUUCUCAAGAGAAUGAAGUGAGAAGUAGAGUCUUUGCAGAGAAGAUGGGUUUGGAGGCUGGAUGGAACUGUCAUAUAUCCAUGUUAUCUGAUCCAGCACACAGAGGGGAAACAGUAGCCUCAUCUGCUGCUGAUCUACCAAACCGCAUGUCUCGUUACUCUAGCAGAAACUCAUCUGACACAGUUGCCAAAGAUACAAACAUGGUGUCAUCGACAUACAAACAUUCCCAGGAUUCCAUGCACUCACGCUGUCAAAGUGCCCCUAGCAUAGUCAACUUAAACUCCUCUCAAGUAAGAUUUGAGAUGACAACUGAUACUUCCAGUAGUGAACCACGGUCUCCCCGAGUGUAUAUAGGGGAGAGAACUCCAUUGACAACCGAUGUGGAAGAUGAUGAAGAAGCUAUGUUUACCAACACAGAGCUGUCUAAGAGCUACAGUAGUCAAUGUAAUACCAACCAGGAUCUAGACAACAUCACCGACAUAGAAAGUCGUCAUGCCUCUAGUUACUUCACUGAGAAUACAGAUAGUCUUACAGGGGCCUUGGACAACAGGGCAAAACUUCCUCGAGGUAUAGAGAACAUUCGACCUCAUUUACAAACUGUUGAUAAUGUUCCUCUUUUAGUCAACUUAUUCACAGACUGUACAAUUCACACUACAAAGGAGAUGAUGAAGAUCAUGCAGGAGUUUGGAGAAGUAGUGAUGUGUGUUGGCAGUUCAAACAACAUCAACAACACUACCAUUUUCCUACAGGCUGAUUGUAGCUUGGCCCUGGAGCCUUUGUACCCCCAGGUGUGUGCAGUAGAUUCUCUGAUGACCAAACCCUGGAAGGAAGACCAGCUGACUCCUAUGCAGCUAGCUAGUACUCUCAUCAGCAUUCCCUGUCCUCUGACGUUCAGAAAAGAGGACAACAUCAGUCUCGUCAAACUCAUUGCCGAGGCACGGUCAUUCCUGAUGAGCAGCAGAAACUGUUUCUACCUAAUGUUGUGUUACCAUUUGUCUGUGAGCCUGGUCCAGCUGCUGGGCAGCAUGGUGUUGCUGCCCCCUGUUCUUGCCUCUCAGCACCUCCUCUGGAUUCUCUUCAUUGUCAUCCCAUUCCUGUCCUUAAGUAUGAUGGGAUUACCCGUCGAUCCCCGGGUGAUGAACAAUGCAACAACUCAUAACUCCGAGUAUAUCACAAAGGAUGUGGUACAACAGUUCCUGCUGUACUUUGUGACGAGAUUUGUACCAGCGGGUGUGGUCUGUCUCCUUUGCUAUGGCCUCACUCUUCACUCCUUCUGUGCUGGGGAAAACAUGCCCCAACCUUCCUGUGCAAUCUAUGCUUUUGGUGCCAACAGCAGUAGUCAGCUAUGGUAUGACAAGUAUUCCGGGGGCCUGGUGCUCGCCCAAAAUGUCUUCACUUUUUAUCUCGUCUUUUACUUUGUUGUGAUAUCCGUGAGUUUUGUUCACUGGUCAGACCACAUCUGGCAGCAGAACCCCUUGACCAAUCGUCUGUGGGUGUGUACAGUCUUGUUGCUGAUGUGUGGUCAGGUGGUGCUGUUUGUCUGUGAUAUGUCUAUAAGGGGGGCUGGUCAGCAUCGACUGAUGUCUUUGGCCAGUGUUCAUCCGACCGUGUGGGCGAUUGGCUUCAGUUUCCCUCUUGUCAUCCUGUUCAUAAAUGAACUGGUCAAGCGUCAUGAGGUCAAACUGUACUCUCGAUACCAGAAACGAACACGACUCCACUUUGGCACAAAGCUUGGGAUGAAUUCACCAUUUUGAUAACAUUCUACAUAAUUAAACUAAUAAAAGUAUUCAACUGACACAGAGACUGGUAGCAGUUGUGUUUCGGAAACAUUACUAAUGGUAGGCAUGCCUUGGCUAUCAGCAGGCCAUUACUAGCUACAAGACUGAUACACAAUAUUCUUUCUUGGUUAUUAAAGGCAUAUCUAAAUUAAUGUUGUCAACACUGAUUUGAAAACAUGUAUCAAGGCCAUGAUAGUAUUAGCAUAUUGUGUUUGACAGCUUUACACAGUAAAUCUGUGGAGUGAUCGACCAUGUGUGAUUUGAGGUUUUACAGAGGUAGCAACCUACUAUGUUUUACAAUGUAAGGCUGUUCGGCUGUUCAGCUGUUCGGCUGUUCAGCUUACAUUGUAAGGAUCUGGAGCUAGCAACCUACUAUGUUUUAC